GCACAAAAAAUGUGAAGUCGAGGAAGAUCCAAUGGAGUCCGUCGAGUGAUGUGGAGAGCACUGAACAAGAUGAGUGUACUUCUGGGUCUGAGCAUGCAGACAUACUCUCUUAACUUUACACUGAGAGUGAGCUUUUGAGCGACUCUCAAGAAGACGCAGAGAAUACAUUAAUUAAUGCGUCUUCUCUAAAUUAAUCUCCACCAUAGCAAACAAGAUUCUCUAGCCCUAGUUAACCGCAUGGCAGAAGAACAACCUGACUUCGUCCUCAUUCAGCUGCGUAGUUACAAUUAAAUACCGGCUGGCGUCAUGUUACAUGCCGUAUGACGAAGUAGUAGUACUAUCGCAGCUGAUUAAAGAGGUUAAAAGGUAUUAAAGGUUCGAGACAGCGAAGCAUCCAAGUGCUCGUUUAUAGCACGGACAUCAACGAAAGGGCGUUUCAUCAACCUCGCGUAAGCUGUGCAUUCCGCCGAAGCCACUUUUCCAAUUUUCCGAAGGUGGGAUCUUAAGGGUAAUUCCCUUUGGCCUAGAAGAAGAAGCUUUUUGGUCUGUCCCUAAUCAACACUACUAAAAGGCACCUCGUUAUCGACUGAUACAGCUGCAAGAACGUACGUUCUCUGCAUCAACUAAUUGCACUGCUUCAACUACUAGAACAGCUGAUUGAGAAGUGAAUUUAGUCAAACGUUGGACGAAACAUACAAUCAUGGCAUCAACCCAAAAAUUUUUGUUACAAAUUUGCAAAAGCGCGCCUAAUCUGCUAAACCUUUCCAGCAAAUUACAGCGCUUGCCGGCUAGUGCUUUCGUGCGACAUUCUAAUUAUCUAUCAUCUCCACCAUUGGGCCCCCGCGAGGAAUAUCCUGAGGUAGAGAUCGUGCGUAAUGCAACUGAAUGGAAAUAUGUUGAACGUUUGUUACCCCAAAAAACGAUUCCAAAUCCUGUUAAAAAGGCAGAAUACCCAUCGGGAUGGAAGCCACAGACCGCCGCUACACGACCAGAUCUGAAAUAUUUUGUAACACGCACUAAAAAUCACAUGGUACCUGUGUACUUACAUACAACCUUCCGUGGUCAACGACGUAUUACCAUUAUUCGACGAAUUCAGGGUGAUAUAUGGGAGUUGGAGCGUGAAUUGCGCGUUGUGGUAGAAAAAGCUAGAAAUGGCAAACUAUGCGCCAGUCGAGUAAAUGAAAUGAGUGGUCAAAUACACUUUCAUGGCGAUUAUGUAGAUGUUAUACGGGAACACCUCAAAGAGAAUGGCUUUUAAGUUGUGAAUUUUGUUACCUAAUUUUGUCACUGGAUUGAGUAUAAAUACAAAAUUUAAAGUAUGUUCUAUAAAAGUACAA